GUGCCAUCGCGCUCACAUUCAACAGGAGGCAAGUGGUGGAUGCGGAUGGAAACUUAUACUUCGUAUUUUGCCAUCUUCACCGAAGUAGAGGCAUGCACUCAAAGCUAAAAUUCUAAACGGGAUGCGUUCAGGCGACUGCGGUGGAGUCGAAGCUGACAGGUCUUUUUAUUCAAAGUUGAGAUAAUUUUUACUGGCGUAUUGCGGAGAGGUGCGUUGCGCGCGGUGGUGGAGCUAUCUACUCUGUUUCUCUGAAGAGCAGCCUGAAAAAACUACUUAUUCCACAGUAGGAAGUUACAAUUUAAGUCAUAAUGGCAGCUGUGGCACUCAAUGGAUCGAACAUAACAACCGGGAACUUUACGAAUCAGUUUGUUCAGCCGCCUUGGCAAGUUGCCCUGUGGUCGGUUGCCUACAGCUCCGUUUUGGCGGUGGCUGUGUUCGGAAACCUCAUUGUCAUAUGGAUAAUUCUCGCCCACAAACGAAUGCGGACAGUCACCAACUAUUUCCUUUUGAACUUGGCAUUUUCGGACGCAUCCAUGGCCGCCUUCAACACAUUAAUUAAUUUUAUAUAUGCUGCCCACGGAGACUGGUACUUCGGAGAGGCUUAUUGCAGGUUUCACAACUUUUUCCCCGUCACCUCCGUGUUCGCAAGCAUCUAUUCGAUGACUGCAAUUGCCGUUGAUAGGUACAUGGCCAUCAUCCACCCUCUGAAGCCACGGCUGUCGGCCACAGCCACCAAGGUGGUGAUCAUGUGUAUCUGGGCGCUGGCCGUGGUGCUGGCCUUCCCCCUCUGCUUCUACUCCACCAUCCGCAUCCUGCCCCGCCGGACCAUCUGCUAUGUGGCCUGGCCCCGCAAGGAGGACGACCCCUUCAUGUUUCAUAUCAUUGUGAUGCUACUGGUCUACCUACUGCCCCUAAUGGUAAUGGGCAUCACCUACACCAUCGUCGGGGUGACGCUGUGGGGGGGAGAGAUUCCGGGGGAUUCAUCUGACAACUACCACAGCCAGCUCCGGGCCAAGAGGAAGGUGGUCAAGAUGAUGAUCAUUGUGGUGGUGACCUUUGCCCUCUGCUGGCUGCCGUACCACGUCUACUUCAUCGUGACGGGCCUCAACAAGGCUCUGAUGAGGUGGAAGUCCAUCCAGCAGGUGUACCUGUCAGUGAUGUGGCUGGCCAUGAGCUCCACCAUGUACAAUCCCAUCAUCUACUGCUGCCUGAACAGCAGGUUCCGGGCUGGCUUCAAGCGGGCGUUCCGCUGGUGCCCCUUCGUCCAGGUGUCCAGCUAUGAUGAGCUGGAGCUGAGGGCCACCCGCCUCCACCCGGCCCGCCAGAGCAGCAUGUACACCCUGUCCCGCAUGGAUACCUCCGUGGUAGUGGUGUAUGACCCUGUAGACGGAACAAACAACCAGAACCAAGCCAGGAAGAAGAGCUACGUCAACCAGAGAGUGGAAAACGGGCUUGGUUGCAAUGGGAACGGGGCCAAGGCUAAGGCAGGCUGCGCCCCCAAUGCUGAGGCUGAGGACUUCUCCUAAAGGAGGGCAUGCUGGAUGCAGACACACUGUCAGGCAUGAUCAAACACACAGGCAUGUGUUCACACAUGCAAGCAUGUAUAGAGUGGUAACAUAUACUGUGUACAGUACAUGCAAAGACAGGUAGACAUUGCAAACAUACAUACAUGCUGUCCCUAUCAAUACACACAUGCAAACACACACUUUUCAAAGAGUUCAGAGAAUAUCGCUGAAAACACAUUUUAGAUGAGAAGCAGGAAUUAAUUGUCAAAUAUAACCAUCAGAUAGUAUAUUGUUGUACGGUCUGUAAUACUAUGAAAAUCACUGAAGUGUACUGUAUAUAAAAACAUGCAUAAGAAAAAAAGAUGUACAAAAAAUGCCUGUCCCAGUAACAUCCUGAAUGCAAUGGCUACUGAGUGUUUAAAACAUUAUGAAUACCUGCUCUUUCCAUGACAUAGACUGACCAGAUGAAUCCAGGUGAAAGAUAUGAUCCCUUAUUGAUCCACUUCAAUCAGUGUAGAUGAAGGGGAGGAGAAAGGUUAAAGGAUUUUGCUGGGUUUUUCACACUCAACGUUUCCCGUUUGUAUCAAGAAUGGUCCACCGCCCAAAGGACAUCCAGCCAACUUGACACAACUGUGGGAAGCAUUGGAGUCAACAUGGGCCACCAUCCCUGUAGAAUGCGUUCGACACCUUGAGACCUCUAGAUUCCAUGCCCCGAUGAAUUGAGGCAAUUCAAUAUUAGGAAGGUGUUCUUGAUGUUUUCUACACUCAGCUCCAAAAGUAUUGGGACAGUGAAAAUGUGUUUGUUGUUUUGGCUCUGUACACCAACACUUUGGAUUUGAAAUGAUAUGAGGUUAAUGUGCAGACUGUCAGCUUUAAUUGGAAGGUAUUUUCAUCCAUAUCUAGUGAACCGUUUAGACAUUACCACACUUUUAGAUUCUCUCUGCUACAGUAGAUACCAGAGAGAAAACAUUUUCUGGAGCAACCGAUAUCUUUAGGUAGUGUGUCCAUAGUUACCAUUUGUAGCAGUGGGUUUUAGCUGUAGUCUUAUGUCAUGUAUAGAAUGACUGGUCCCAGUUUAAACAAACUACAACUUAGAAAGGCUUCAUAUAGCAUACUGAAGUGCAGACUGUCAGCUUUAAUUUGAGGGUAUUUCCAUCCAUAUCGGGUGAACCGUUUAGAAAUUACAGUACUGUUUGAUUAUGCACAAAUACCAUACACCUCAAAAAUGCUAACCUCCCCUGUUAUUGUAAUGGUGAGAGGCUAGCAUGUCUUGGGGUAUGAUAUUUGUGCGUCUCUAACAUUCUCACUCAUCGUUAUUCACGAUUCAUUCAGGAUUAUUCAUAAUCAUGGUAGCAUCCACAUUCAUGUAGAAGUGUUUAGAAAUGUAUUCUUAUUGACGAUAAAAGGACACAAUACAUUACAUUCGGCACAAAACAAUCUGAAACACCACCAAAACACAACCAAAACAGUCUCAUCUCUAUAGAGCUGCUGCCUAUGCUGUCUAACAAAAUCACUAUUUUGUAGUUCUUCAAAGUAAAUUAGGCAUACUUUUAUGACUGCUGAAUACCAACUAUCAAUCACUUAGAUCAUCUAUUUUCAGGUAGAUACCUCCGAAGCAACAGCUACUCUCUAUAUCCCCUCAUGAUUGCACAUUCUUCUCUGUCUUCAGUAGCAGGCGGAAAAGAAACACAGAGCGGACAAGUAGAUGAGCAAUGGCUUAUGGUCAAUGUAGUUAAUUACCACUUUAUGCGCUAAACUAUAUAGAAUAUUGGCAUGUUGGAAACUACAACUCCCUACUAUAUUGCACAGUUCAGGCUGGAUCUGAUUUAUCUCUAGAGAAACUGUGCAAUGUGCACAUUGAGCUCACAGAAAACCUCAGAAAUAAAUGGAAUUCAAAUAAUUGAACUGACUUUGGUCAAUUAGUGGUUUUAGAAACCGAAAAAUAAUCUACAUUUCGGUUAAUUGCUCAGCACUACAAAUACUAAACUUGUGACUGCUUUAACACACAUAUAAGUGAAUUUGUCCCAAUGCUUUUGGUCCCCUAAAAUGGGAGGAGUAUGUACUGUACAAGAAGUGCUGUAAUUUCUAAACGAUUCACCUGAUAUAGAUGAAAAUACCCCCAAAUUAAAGCUGACAGACUGCAUUUUAACGGCGUAGUUAUUGUAUCAUUUCAAAUCCAAAGUGCUGGCGUACACAGCCAAAACAACAAAAAAUUUGUCACUGUCCCAAUACUUUUGGAGCUCACUGUAUAUAACAUAUUUUAUAUGAUGAAAUACUGUAUACAUUUGAAACAAUGUACAGAGUUCAUGUGAAGAGCUACAACAGCGACAGCAUGCUACGUCAUCAAUGUAUUGUUUACGCAAUAAUGUUGGCCAGUACUCCAUUUACAAUGACGUGCUGGGGGGAAACAGGCAGAAUACAUGCCUCGCUGACGACGGUUCUUCUGUAUGCACGGUCCUCAUUGAGCUGAAUGAUCCUUUCUCAUCACACCACACACACACACACACACACACACACUCAGCACUGUGGGAGAUUUAACAUGUCAUGGAGGGGCCCCUUAAAUAUAUACAGACACAUCGGAGUACACCUAAACAUUCCCUCCUUUGAUCUUUUGCUUACGGAGCUAUGAUUGGAACACUGGGCUUUCCGUGUUACUUUCUGGGUCAUGCUAUUGUAAACUGUAUAGGCUAGACUACCGUGCGCCAGAUCAUCAUGUGACGCUCUAACAUCAGCACAUUUGAUUGACCUGUGUUUUAGAUAUAGGCGUGCUCGAUACUAGAGAGAGAACAUUUUCUGGAGCAACCGAUAUCUUUAGGUAGUGUGUCCAUAGUUACCAUUUGUGGCAGUGGCUUUUAGCUGAAGUCUUACGUAAUGUAUAGAAUGACUGGUCCCAGUUUAAACAAACGACAACUUAUAAAGGCUUCAUGUGGCAUACGUAUGGUCUUCGUAAGCACUGCACAGAUUGUACAUGUCAAGUCUGUCAUGUAGUUACAUCAUGUAUAGAAUGACAAAGUAUCCGUCUAUCCCUCCAUUAUGCCCCAGUUGUAACCUCUCUAGCCACUUAGUGAUUUCCAAUGGAAAACACUGUUGAUUAAACUCGCCAGUAAGAAAUAUCUUUGUUAAUUGAGUUUUGAUAGCCUGCCAUCGCUGCAGUGAAUCUGGUUUGAUUACCUAAUGGUCCCUCAACUUUUUUCCCAUAGUCCCUUGUGUGUGCGUGUGCAAGUGCAUGUCCUUGUGUGUCAGUGCGUGUGAGAGUGCACGUUUGUGUGUGUGCGUGUUAGGUGUUAGUGUGUAUGCACAUUGUUUUUCCUCCAUAGUCCUACAUGGUCAACAUUAGGUCACCAUUGGCAACAAAGCAAACUAACGAUUACACAGAUGUGCACAUAAAUAACUAGCUAAUUGUUUAUCUAAAGCGGCGUCAUUGAUCUGAAUCCGAAUGCUUAGAACAGCAUGAAUAGAUGCCUAUUUGUUACUGCUAAUGUUUUAAAGCAGUGUCCAUAUUUUUCUAGUUUUCUAUGGGUAGCUUUGUGGUUGAUACACGCUUUCAAAUAAGAAAACAAGUGCAGGGAAAACUGAUGUGGAAUGGAAGAAAAAUAGCAGAUGACAGUUGCCCUUUUUUUUUUAGCUGCCCACCUACUUUUAUUUUGCCUUCAUAUUCCCAUUGAGAAGUGCAUCACCUCCUGCAUUGUACUUACAUACAGCACUGUAGCUUUGAAAGAAAUGGCCACAAUGAGAUUUUUAUACGAUCACAGUGUUUAUGUGUGUGUGUGUGCUUGUGCGUGUGUGCGCCCACGGAGCAGAGUUUUCAUGAUCACAGUGUGUGUGUGUGUGUGUGUGUGUGUGUGUGUGUGUGUGUGUGUGUGUGUGCGUGCAUCCACAGUACAGUGGUUAUAUAUGACCACAGUGUUUAGAGUCAAGAUGUCAGGUAAACCCUUGGGCCAUCAAUUAGAGGGGUGGUAUUUCUCCCCUGUGUGUGUGUGUGUGCUUGCGUGCAUGUGUGCAUGUACUAUAUAUGUGUGUGUAUAUGUGCAUUUGUGUGUGUGUGUAAUCCUUCUGGGUUUAAAUCAAGUGCUGGCACUAGCACCAGGCUUCUCUUCAGCCUUUGUCUUGUUUGGCUCGACACUCAAAGAGAACAACCACAUUUGGUUUAGGGUAUUUCUUCCCCUGACCAACGAGCCGUGUUAUACCCAACAGCCCAGCGCAGUAUAAAGACAUUACAUGCCAUAGCUCAGGUUCCACGGCUGUCUGAUAGGGGGUCUCUAGGGGGUCUCCUGCCAACUCCCUCAGGGGGAAAAGAUAAUUCAAAGCCUGAUGCACUAGUCUUACCUUGGCCCCCCAAGGCCCUUGUAGCCGGUGAAGUGUUGUAUUUUGUCACAGUUUGAAUUGAAAUGUAAUGGUUUUUUUCCAGAUGACAGACUACCCACCUGUGGCCCUCAGCUUGACUUAAAGAUAACAUGAAAAUAACAGCUGUGUGGAUGAAGAAAAAAAACUGCCGGUAGUAAGGUAACAAACUGUACGCACAGCAAGUCACAUUCAAUAGCGUUAUCAAAUAUCAGUGCGGUUGCAUCGCUGUGACAGGUUGCAUCACAAGUGAUGGAAUGUAGUUCUUUAGUUUAACACUUGAGCAUGAUACCUAAUUUUAAAGCAGUGCAUUUAUGCAAUAAAAUGUGAGGAUUGGAGUCAUCAUAGAAAAUUCUAUGGUGAUAUAGAGGCAGGAAUUUGGCACGAUGUUGUAACGGCAGUGAGCAGGUUAAUCAAAAGAUAUUAAGAGUAUUAUAACUUUGAUCAAAGACAUUUCUAAAAAAAAAAAAAUCAUGACACGCACUUUCAUUCGUUUGUUUUGAUAUAAGCUAACGUGACCAUUCGAUUUGAUAGUGAUGUAAAUGCACAUCAGUGAAAUCAGACUAGAUUCAGUUUAAUAUUGCCAUUCAUCUUCUCUGCGAGGAUACCUCCGAUGUGUCUUUACCCUAGACAUGAAGUCAACAUGGUCUUACCAGAAUAUGUAAAGACAGUGACGUUAAACCAUUGUAGUUAUAUGCCACUUAAGCUUACGUAUUAGUUGUAUAUCACUUACAAUGACAUGACUUACCUAAUCUGAUGUGUUACUUGUGUGUCACUUAUUGCUCUUAUGUCAUUGUAAAGACGUAUUGUCUAUGAUUAGGGACAGGUUGUCCUAAUGUCCUAUAACGUCAACAUUCUGACAUAUUUCUAAUGAGGUAUGUCUGGUGUAGUGUUGUUGGAGAAUGCCAAUAGAAUGUUCUAAGCCUUUAUGAAAGAAUGUAAAGAAACUUUGGAGACGUUAUGAUUCAAGAAUGUAAAGAAAUACUAUAUUUGCGUCGUGUAUUUCAUUACGUGUUGUCAUGAUGUGUUUUAGCUACAGUAUUUAUCAUUCAAUGGCAAAUCAAGCUUUUCAUCGAUAGCCAAUUGUGUUGAUACAGUGUUGGUAUUCAUUAAGAUAUGGUUUGAUACAACAAGAAACAAAAUACAGCAACAACAAAAAAAAAUGUUGUGAUGUCAGUCGCCCUUUGUAUAUUUGUGUUACUGAAGACAAUGUUUUCGGUUUAAUGUAUAACUAAUGGUGCCUCUAUCAAAUGGUAGGUCUUUUUGCUUUGCAGUUGUCCAGAUGAACUGAUUUGAUAACACUUCAUUGUAAAGGACCCUGAAUAAGGAUAUACCACAGAGUAAUCAGUCAUAACACCUUUACAGUGCUAAUGGCAGCAUACAGUAUGCAACAAACUCCCAGUUGACCAAUGCUGUGUAGUGACUUAACAUUGGCAUAAGAUAUUAUGAAUGUUCAUGUAGUGCUUCUAAAGUUGUAAUGUGAUGCUUAUGCAUGUGGUAUAAAGUAUUUCUGCAUAACCUCUUCUAAAGUUUGUUUUUAUGGGCCAGUUUCAUGUACCCAGAUUAAGUUUAUUAAUGGCCUCAAAAUUUGCUUUGAAUAGGCUUAAUCUAGGUAUGUGAACCCAGCCUGUACUAAACAGUAUUGUUCUGCUAUCAAUGUACAAAAUUCUGUCUUAGCUUAAUGUCAAGGGUCUGUCUAUGGUCUUAUCAUGCAUGUUUACAUCUACACAACCAAAAAUAUGGAAUUUAAAAUACUUUAUUGUAAUGUAAGAAACAUACACUUGGAAAAUCCUGUUUGCUCAGAUUGAAAAGUGUUUUAUGUGGUUAUGAGUUACAUGUACAUUUACAAGCGGCAUAUGUAUAACUUGCAGUUUUUCACAGUGAUAACAGUAGCACAGGCCCUUCCAAUUUAAGACGUGUAAUCAUAAAUCAAUACAUUCAAUUCUGUGCAUUGUGAACAGUUUUGUGUUAGUUAUUUAUGACCAAUUGGUGGAGUUUUGGUUGACUUUCGUCACAACAUGGACUUUGUCAUUGUCAAUGGAAAGUGAUCCUGUAAAUAAAAUAGUUUUAUGUUCUUUA